AUGACUACGUCUGAUGAAGAAUUACCGGUACCACGCUUACAAGAUAAAUCUUCAAUGUUAAUGACAAGUCUCAUUACUAGAACUUCACCAUUAUCGAUAUCAUCUCAAACAACAGAUAAUACAAAUAAUGUAACAUUGUCAUAUCCAUUACAAUUAGAUGAAGAAUAUAUUUAUCGAAUUGGAUUAAAACCCAAAGAAUUUAUAAAUUAUUGUCAAGCUGAAGCUAUGAACUUUAUGUUUAAUGAUCCAAUGGAUUUUAUUGACAGUUAUAUUAAAGACCAUUUAGGAAAAGGUUUGAAUAUUGGCAUCAAUCAAGAAUGUUUAGAUCAUUUGAACAAUAUUUAA